AUGGAUGAUGAAAUGAUGGUCAUUAACGACGAUGAGGAGGAAGGUGAUGAAUCAUCACUCUCGUCUUCUUCAUCAUCAUCAUCAUCUUCUUCCAUGGAGGAAGAAGAAGAGGCGGAGAUUGAAACAAACAACUCACUAAUGCGCCCCACCUCUAGGGAGCCUGCUACUCAUGUGAUGUCCUUUGACUCUGAUGAUGAGGGUGAUUUUGACGAAGAUGAUUAUGACCACGAUGAUCAAGACGACGCAGAGGGCGAUGACGAGGAAUUUGCAGGCGACGAAGAUGACGAUGGUGAGGUUGAUGGGGCCAUCGCUUCCUAUCAACGGCACCGUCGCCAGGAGCCUUAUAAUGGAUCUGAGAGCGAAAAUUCUGGUUUAUCUUCGCCUGAAAGUAACAGAGAUGGGAGACGAUCCCCCUUUGACCAGAUUUUUCCACCUGGAGAAGAUAUUAUCAUCAGAUCUUCAAUGAGCAAUCUUCUUUUUUCGGCUUUUGAUGAUGAAGACCACCACCCCAGUCAUUUACAUCUCUAUCCAGGCCAUGAAGAGUUGGUCCACUCGGAUGAUGAUCUUGCUGAAGCCCCGACUUAUACUGUGCGUGACAUUGCCCAUAGCGAUUAUGUUCGCUCAGGGCGUAAUGUUUCCCCCGGGUUUCAAAUGAUCGAAGGCGAUGGCAUUAUAGGUCGCGCCGCCGCCGAAAUGGUUCGGCUGUUGAUGAUGGAUGGCGGGGCACAGUCCGGUGGUACGAUUUCCGGGGGGCCAUCAGCCCCACUCGCAUCGACCGAUUUGCCUGCUACAGGAGAGGCAGGCCAAAAGGUCAUCGCGUCGUCGUCAUUUUUGCUGCUUGCUGCCUUACGUGAUGCCUCUGCAAUGCACCUGCUACCUGGAAAGGAAAAACGGACGAAAAAAAAGAAGAUGGCAAUGGGAGCAUCGGCAGUCUUUGAGUUGCUACCGAUUUCGAUUGAGCGACAAAUGCCCUCUGAGGCGGAUCCAGGCCCCAUUUCGUGGACUCUUGGGGCACGUCCGAUCCAGAUUGAAGACCAGGUACCACCUGGUCCCAACCUGUCUGUUUCUUCCAGCUCCGAUGCCUCGAUUUCUUCGUCUGUCGUAUUGAGAAGUAUUGCCAUGCUCCGGCCAUGUUCGACUGUCGCGCGCGCACGCCAGCUCGGAGUUUUGCUAGAUGCUCCUCAUGACCUUCUUCAACCACACACUGGAAAGCUCCUUAGGCGAGGACCGUUCAAUGAAAGGGUGCCACAAUGGACAGGACCAUGGUCUAUUCUUCUCGGGAGUUCGAGAGCUAUUUUUGCGGCAUUUUCAAAGCUUUAUGUGGAGCAAGUUGUUACUGAGCAACAACCACCACUUCCGGAGCCACCGAUUGUUGAGGUUGAAACCCAUGUUCCGGUACAGGCCUCUGCGUAUGAUGGAGGUGAAAUUGAGAACGAUAGUGGCUGGAUUUCUGUUGAUUCUGACGCGUCUGGAGACGCUUCUCAAAUGCCCGCUGGCGAUACUGACGAGUCCAUGGAAGAGGAGAACCACAGCGCGUCUACUAUCGAAGAACCUGUUGAUGUGGAGUCAGGUAAUGGCGCAGAUCCUUCUGCCCAGUGGCCGAUACUUUAUGUAACGCCGCCACAAUUAGAUACCCAGGUCCUGGAGGCGUUGCCUGAAGAAAUGCAGCGCGAGAUUUUUUCAUCUUAUUUUUAUGAACGACGCCAGAAUAACCCAGGGCCGUUGCGCCUAGCGCUGUCGCCCGAAUUUAUGGAGCAGAUCUGCUCGUCUGCCCUUCGUAGUCUCAUUUUGGAGAUGGAAGCGCAAGAGCGCGAAGAGCAUCUUCGAACGUGGACAGCUUCAGGAACCGCCACUACAUACCCCACCACCUCACAAGCCAUGCCGCCGUCAUUGACCGAAGCCUUGGGUAGCCUUUUCGCUGCAGCAGGAAUGACCCUGGCGCCAGAAAGCCACCGACGCCGUCACGCUCAAGAUCUUGAGAGCGACGCUGAGCUUGAUGAUGACACGGAUGAUAAUGAGCUGGACGAUGAGCUUCAUAUAGACCAUCUCCAGAGAAGGUCAGCAGGUAGUGAAGACUUUACAGUGGAUCCGGCGCCACUAUUCUUUACCAACAGACUGGCACGCGAAGGGCGGCGUGUUCGCAGGCCUGCAGCACUUUUUCUCCAACUGCCUUUUGAGACAAAUGCGGAGGCCGAAGAAAAGACUGCAAAAGAGACCCAAACAGAGGGAGACGCUAAACUAGACACCGAAGCAAACUCUUCCAAUUUUCACGCUGUAUCCGAUUCCGAUCAAAGCGAAGCCAUUUCAUUAGCUGUAGUUGAGAGAGCAGUAGGUGCGGGCCUUUCUGGAAAGGGCGGACUUCCCCGGCGACUACGCGCCUUCCUUGGUGUUGUGUUACGCAAAAAUGGAUUGCCUUUACUGAUGGCUGCGCUGCUUGACCGCUUUGAACGGCGCCCUCGCGAAAGCGGUGAAGAAUUUCUUUUGCUACGAAUAUUGGACUGGCUGUUACGUCAACCCGCGUUUUCGCUUUCCUCAGAAUUUGAAACUACGCGCAUGGGCGAGGCCGUCGCUAGACGCAUUGUGUUGGCACCUCAGCAAAAUGAGCGCUGCCUGGUAAAGGGACUUGCCUUGCUGCGGCGGCAAUUUUUACGCGGGCUCUCCCCCCACACUACGGGUGAGUUUGUGCGUCGCUUUCUUCUACAUGAUGCAGAGCAUAUGUGCUCCGAGCGCCUCUUUCAUGCAUUUCUCCUGCUUUUAAAAGGCAUUUGCGAUGCCGAAGAUUCCAUCAAACAAAGACGCUUGAUAUUCGAUAUGGUGGUGCGCUCGACCCGCGAGCGGAUAGAUGCCCUCGUGGAGACAAGCUCCAAAAACCUUGAUGCACACCCUUCGGCUGCAGCAACCUUUGAAAUGCUGCUACGAAGUGCGCGGGCACUUAGCCUGUUCAGAGGGCCCGAGUAUUCAUAUGAAGGUUUUGGAACCACACUGGAUUCUCUUAUCGCGCUUUUUAAUAGUCAGCUGCAAGGGAAGGUCGAAGAAUUAGCCAUCACAGGUGGAAAGUUUGCAUGUGUAAUGUCGUUGCUACUGCAAGCGCUUUUUCUUUUGGCAUCCCUUGAUGGGCAGGCACUUGCACAAGAUAACGUGUCCCUUUCCUCGCCAAAUGUAACAGAGACGCCGGCUCCGGACUCCAACAAACAUCCUUCAUUUGCACCGUCACAACGAUUGGUGGAAUUUGCCACUCGCCACCGCGAUGCGAUCAAUGCAAAAAUCCGCGAGAGACCCUCCUUAUUACUCGGAGCAUUCGGUCCGUUCCGAAUCCUGGGCGAGCAACCGGCCGCCAUUGGCCGCCGUGUGCUUGAUUUCGAAAUCAAGCGCACAUGGCUUGCCCGCGCUUUGCGACGAAGCGAGCCUCGACCUGCUCCAUUGGCACUGCGCAUUCGCCGUGACCGCCUCUUUGAAGACUCUUUCCGUGAAAUCAUGACGCUUCCCGCCACGGCGUUGGCCGAACGCCCGCUUUCUAUUGCUUUUGACGGCGAAGAAGGAGUCGAUGCUGGUGGCCUUACGCGUGAAUGGUUUUCAUUGCUUGCACAGCAGAUGCUCAAUGCUGGGUAUGCACUUUUCCUACCUGUGGGCGGUGGUCAAGGCGGCUCUGGCGCAGUCUUUUAUCCGAACCGCCUGUCUGCAGUGAAUCCGGAACACUUGGACUACUUUGAGUUUGUAGGGCGCAUCAUUGGCAAGGCCGUGGUGGAAAGCCAAUUGCUUGCUUGUCACUUUGCGUGUGCCUUUUACAAAAUCCUAUUGGACAUCCCGUUGGAGCUGAGCGAUCUGGAGGCUGUGGAUGCGUCCUAUUAUCGCUCAUUAGCGUGGAUGCUUUCGCAGGCAGAUCCAGAGCAGCUGGAAGAGCUUUCGCUUUUCAUGGUCACGGAGCUAGACGAUUUUGGGCGGCCACGAAUGGUUGAUCUUAUUCCGAACGGCUCGACAAUCCCUGUUACCGCAGACCGCAUCGAGGAAUAUGUUUCGCUGACGGUCGACGUACGGCUACGUGGAGCGUUAGAGGCACAAUUCGAUGCCAUACGGAGGGGGCUCUUUGGAGUGCUUUCUCAAGAAAUCCUUGCCAUAUUUACGGAAAAGGAGCUUGAGCUUUUUAUUUCGGGGCUUGCGCUGAUUGACGACAUUGACGAUUGGAAGCGGAAUACGGAAUACGGCACCGGCUAUACGGCCACGUCGCCACAGGUAGUGUGGUUUUGGAGAGCAGUGCGUUCCAUGUCAUACGAAGAGCGCUCUCAGUUGCUACAAUUCGUCACAGGCUCGAUGCGAGUUCCUUUGGGCGGGUUUUCACGCCUACUCGGCUCAAAUGGCGCGUUGCAAAGGUUUUCCAUACACCGGGACACGGGCGGCGCUCACCGUCUGCCACAAGCGCAUACUUGCUUCAACCAACUAGAUAUCCCCGAGUAUGAGUCCUAUGAACAGCUGCGGCGUGCUUUACUGGUCGCCAUUCGUGAAGGCACCACCGGCUUUGGCCUUGUGUAA